CCCAGGAUGAUGCUCUCAGUGGCAGGACUCACUGUCUGCUCCCUCCUGCAAAUCGUCCUCUCCCUGAACCCCGAGGACCCCAACGUGUGCAGCCACUGGGAGAGCUAUGCCGUGACUGUCCAAGAAUCAUACGCACACCCCUUUGAUCAGAUCUACUACACGCGCUGCACAGACAUCCUCAACUGGUUCAAGUGUACCAGACACAGGAUCAGUUAUAAGACGGCGUAUCGGCGUGGGCUGCGGACGAUGUACCGGCGGAGAUCCCAAUGUUGUCCUGGCUAUUAUGAGAAUGGAGACUUCUGCAUACCCUUAUGUACAGAGGAGUGUGUGCACGGCCGCUGCGUUUCCCCGGACACCUGCCACUGUGAGCCCGGCUGGGGAGGGCCUGACUGCUCCAGUGGCUGCGAUAGCGACCACUGGGGCCCGCAUUGCAGCAACCGGUGCCAGUGCCAGAACGGUGCCCUGUGCAACCCCAUCACGGGCGCCUGCGUGUGCGCCGCCGGCUUCCGAGGCUGGCGCUGCGAGGAGCUCUGCGCGCCGGGCACCCACGGCAAGGGCUGCCAGCUGCCGUGCCAGUGCCGCCACGGCGCCAGCUGCGACCCCCGCACGGGCGAAUGCCUCUGCGCGCCCGGCUACACCGGCGUCUACUGCGAGGAGCUCUGCCCGCCUGGGAGCCAUGGGGCUCACUGUGAGCUGCGCUGCCCCUGCCAGAAUGGGGGUACCUGCCACCACAUCACUGGCGAGUGUGCCUGCCCCCCAGGCUGGACGGGAGCAGUGUGUGCCCAGCCCUGCCCACCGGGGACGUUCGGCCAGAACUGCAGCCAGGACUGUCCUUGCCACCACGGAGGGCAGUGUGACCACGUGACUGGGCAGUGCCACUGCACAGCCGGAUACAUGGGAGACAGGUGCCAAGAGGAAUGCCCCUUGGGGACCUUCGGCUUCCAGUGCUCCCAGCGCUGUGACUGCCACAACGGAGGUCAGUGUUCCCCCAGCUCCGGCGCCUGCGCGUGUGAACCCGGCUACAAAGGCCCGCGCUGCCAGGAGCGCCUGUGCCCCGAGGGCCUGCACGGCCCAGCCUGCAGCUUGCCCUGCCCCUGCGAUGCCGACAACACCGUUAGCUGCCACCCAGUGACUGGAGCUUGCACCUGCCAGCCGGGGUGGUCUGGCUACCACUGCAAUGAGUCCUGCCCCGUUGGCUACUAUGGUGACGGCUGCCAGCUGCCUUGCACCUGUCAGAACGGUGCCGACUGCCACAGCAUCACAGGGAGCUGCACUUGUGCCCCGGGCUUCAUGGGGGAGUUCUGUACCGUUCCCUGUGCGGCAGGGACCUAUGGCUCCAACUGCUCGUCUGUCUGUAGCUGUAACAACGGGGGCACCUGCUCCCCAGUCGAUGGCUCCUGCACCUGCAAGGAGGGGUGGCAGGGCCUCGACUGUGCCCUGCCGUGUCCCAGCGGGACGUGGGGCCUGAACUGCAACGAGAGCUGCACCUGCGCCAACGGGGCGGCCUGCAGCCCCGCAGAUGGCUCCUGCUCCUGCACGCCCGGCUGGCUGGGGGACACCUGUGAACUGCCCUGCCCGGAUGGCACGUUUGGGCUGAACUGCAGUGAACGCUGUGACUGCAGCCACGCCGAUGGCUGUGACCCCGUCACAGGCCACUGCUGCUGCCUGGCUGGAUGGACAGGCAUCCACUGUGACAGCACGUGUCCGCCUGGACGCUGGGGCCCCAACUGCUCUGUGUCCUGCAACUGCGAGAACGGUGGUUCCUGCUCCCCAGAGGAUGGGAGCUGCGAGUGUGCCCCGGGCUUCCGAGGACCCCUGUGCCAGAGAGUCUGUGCCCCCGGGUUCUAUGGCCAUGGCUGCACCCAGCCGUGCCCCCUCUGCGUGCACAGCAGCGGGCCCUGCCACCACGUCAGCGGCAUCUGCCCGUGCCUCCCCGGAUUCUCCGGAGCCCUUUGCAAUCAAGUGUGUGCUGGAGGGCAUUUUGGGCAGGACUGUGCCCAGCUCUGCUCCUGUGCCAACAAUGGGACCUGCAGCCCCAUCGAUGGCUCCUGCCAAUGCUUCCCUGGAUGGAUCGGCAAAGACUGCUCACAGGCCUGCCCACCUGGGUUCUGGGGCCCCGCCUGCUUCCACACAUGCAGCUGCCACCACGGGGCGAGCUGCAGCGCGGAGGAUGGGGCCUGCCACUGCACCCCUGGCUGGACCGGACUCUUCUGCACGCAGCGCUGCCCAGCAGCGUUUUACGGGAAGGACUGCGGGCGUGUGUGCCAGUGUCAGAACGGCGCCAGCUGCGACCACAUCAGCGGCAAGUGCACCUGCCGCACAGGCUUUACCGGGCAACACUGUGAGCAGAGGUGUGCCCCAGGAACCUUUGGCUAUGGGUGUCAGCAGCUAUGUGAGUGCAUGAACAAUGCCACCUGUGACCACGUCACUGGCACCUGUUAUUGCAGUUCUGGAUUCAAAGGGAUCCGGUGUGACCAAGCUGCCCUCAUGAUGGAGGAGCUGAAUCCCUACACCAAGAUCAGCCCAGCGCUGGGUGCAGAGCGGCACUCGGUGGGCGCUGUCACGGGCAUCGUCCUCCUGUUGUUCCUCAUCGUGGUGCUGCUGGGACUGUUUGCCUGGCGCCGGCGGCGGCAGAAAGAGAAGGGCCGGGACCUGGCUCCCCGCGUCUCCUACACGCCCGCCAUGAGGAUGACCAGCACUGACUACUCCCUCUCAGGUGCUUGUGGGAUGGAUAGACGUCAGAACACAUACGUUAUGGACAAAGGCUUCAAAGAUUACAUGAAAGAAUCCGUGUGCAGUUCUAGCACUUGUUCCUUGAAUAGCAGUGAAAACCCUUAUGCCACAAUUAAGGACCCACCCAUCCUCACCUGCAAGCUUCCAGAAAGCAGCUAUGUAGAAAUGAAGUCGCCUGUGCACAGGGGGUCUCCGUACACAGAUGUGCCAUCCUUGUCGACAUCUAAUAAAAAUAUAUAUGAAGUUGAGCCCACAGUCAGUGUGGUCCAAGAAGGCCGCGGUUGUAACUCCAGCUAUAUCCAGAAUCCAUACGACCUACCUAGGAACAGCCAUAUUCCUGGUCAUUAUGACCUUCUCCCAAUAAGACAGAGUCCUGCCAGAGUGCCAUCCCAGGACAAGCAGUCUUAAGAGGGAUAAGCGCUCUGCUGAAUAUUCUCUGACUCUCUGAAAGAAGACAAUCCCUUGACUUGAAAUAAUGGUACAGACUGACUCCAGCUGCGUAUUAGUUAUAACAUUCACCUGGAACUAAAGAAGAGCUUCCAAGGGACUGGGUUAAUUGUUCAAGAGGUCUGUUCUCAAAAUCUACCACCCACCCAUCCCCAACCCCAAAUGUUCUGGAUGAUAUGAUCUUUUAAAACAUUUAAGAUACAGCUACUCAUCAACAUCAGCUAAAUAUAUAUAUAUAUAUUUAUAUAUUAAAUUAUCUGAAACAUGAUGCUUAGAAAGCAUGCAGAAUAGGUUUUACCAACUUUCCUAAGAGGAAAAGGAACUGGGGAGGUGAGGGGAUUACUUUGAGGCACCUGAAAUGUAUAUGUACCUUUAAUUUAGUUCCUGUUACCCUCAAUUAUCUGCUUUAUUGCCGAAGAUAAUUAGUACAUAGACACAAACUGUGCUGAUAUCAAUCCUAAAGCACCUGUACAUGUAUGUCAAGUCACACAAAUUAUAACAGCCCAGCUUACAGAGUUUAAUAUAUAGUCUAAUGCUGACAACUUCAAUUUUUUUUAAAUAAAACUUUAAGAAACACAAAUUAACUCUCCCCCUUCUGCCCCUGGUAGUAGUAGAAGAAAAAAGUUUCCAGAGUGCAGCAGCCUCUUUCAGUCAAACAAUGAUUUCUAAGCCAGCUUUACCAAAUCUUGCCAAUUCAAAGUUCAAGAACACUGCAAGCCGAUCCCAGCCUUCUUGUUAUCUCCUUAGCUAUCCAAUUCCUGAGUCAUUCCAUAUGAAAUAAAACUCUGAGAUGAUGCCUUUCAGCAAGCAGUCAUAGACUGGUAGGAAUUAAAUAUCCCUACAAAUGGUUACUUGGCCUCCUGAAUUUAUUUUGGUUGGCAUUAUGCUUUCAAGCAUUUCUUCAUAAAUCUUGAGCUUGAUGUAGUAUGGAACCUAAAAGUGUAGAAGAGAUUAGACUCCCACUUUUAGGAAGUAGAAAUCCACUUCCUAAAAGUGGAUAUAGGAAGUUUAAGUUGUUAAAGCGCAUUAUGCUUUUUGAUGGAACUAAAUGAAAUGACUAAAGAAUGGACUGUAACAAACUGCCGUGGCAUGAUGUAAAAACUUUACAUGAAGUACUUCCACCUUCCAAGCACCACCUGCUGAGAAGGCCGAAAAUGUAUUACAAUGAGCUUAAUGCCCCUGAUUCCAGUAUUUGGUCUAUCUGUAUGUUCCACUUUAAUGAAUAUAAGUAAACUAGAGCUCAGAUGGGUCAAAAAGCUACCACUCCCAAACCCUACAGAGGACCUCCUCGCAAGAAUUGAAGAGCAAAAGGGCAAACUGAGAUAACCAACCGCCACCCCGAUACCACUCCAUUCCCUGAUCAACAGUCCAGGCCAUAAAAAACACUUCCAAAAAGGUAUACAGAAGAGGAACCAAGUGACUGUAAAUGACUGCAAAGCUGGAACAGCUGCUACAGGAAAUGUGGGAGUUCUGAAACCCUUGACACGCUGGAAGUCUGCCAUGGAACCCAUUAGUUUGGGCAAUAACCAGCAAAAGAAAGAAAAUAAAUGAGUAAACCUCCCUCCCCCACUUCACUCAAGGCAUAAACCAAUUUUAUUGUAAGGGGAAAAUAUAAUACUUACAUGAAUGCUGCAUGUGUGCAUGGGAGCAAGUGAUCAGCAAUAGCAGAUUUACUUUCCAAAAAGCCUUAUUAAAAUAUAAAUACUAGAAAAUUACUUUGUAGGCCCAAGGAAAUGUUUCUCAUACAUAUGUAGAAAUAUAGAUAAGAGACUUACCUCGGUAUUUCAGGGCAACAAGUGCUCAAGUAUCUUGUCAAGUAAGGAUCUGGAAGCAUGGUGAAGUCAGACCAACAGGAGGAACUUGUCUCAAUCCCAGGUUUUACCUUCUUCCCCACCCUGCGUCUACAGUAACUGCUGCCUGACAAACAGCAAACAAGCAGCAUCACUCGCGUUUCACGUUUCACCUCUUUUUUGCUGAGUAUCUUCUGGGCAAAAUUCAGCAAGAGGUGACAUGGUGGAACUGCAAAAGCACUGGGUCAAGAUUAGUUACUUGCCCUCUCUGGGUUCCUUUUUUCCCCAUGUAUGAAAAAAAAAGGGAGAAGCAGAGCCGGGUAAGGGAGCUCUAACAACCCUUUAGCCCUAGCACUCUAUGAUAAUUUUCAAAGAAAUGUAAUACAACUCAAAUCAGGCAAUACAAUGGAGAAGGGAAAGACACAGUGUGA